UCUCGCGCGUUCUGUGUUCGCGAGUCUUCUACGUUUCUUCUUUGUCUCCUCAGGCGGGAACGCACCUCCGACGGGGAAAGAGGCCCAGAAAACAAGGCCCCGUCGGUUGUGCGUGGUUGUUAAGGUUUCUCUCUGUCGUAGUUUUUCUUCUCUCCCCUCCUCGCUCGAUUUCUUUUCUCGCACUCUGUUCUUUGACCGUGUGGCAUUCCGGCUUCCCCAAGCCCGAGCCCAACUGUCUCUAGUUUUUUUUCUUGCCCGUCCCCUUCUUGGUUCGUCCCCCGGCUUUUCUCUCUCCCCUGGUCGUCUCUUCUGCGGUUCUUGCAUUCUCUCCGGCGCAUGGACGGUGCUUAUGUACCGGAAGAAGGAACAAAGGUUUCGGAAGUCUCCGGAGGCAGACAUGGGUGCUCUGUUUCAGUCGACAGAAGCACAGCCUGUUGGAGAACACGGGAGAUUGUCCUCUCUUUCCCGUUUCCUCCUGAAAGAGUCUCCUUCUUCUAUCUCCCUCGUUCUUCCUGCUCUCUCCUCCUCGUCCUCCUCUCGGAAUCCCCUCUCUUCUUUCUUCUCGUUUGGUCUUCUUUCUCCUUCCACCUGAAUUUUUUCCGGUCCGUCCGAGAUGGCCUUUGCGCCUUCGCUCGAGGACCCUGCAGCGGCGGGCGCGCUGCAGGGGGCCUGCGAGGAGGCCGAAGAGCAGGCGAGCGCCCUUGGGGAAGACGACUUGGAUGGGCAGACAGACGAGAAGAGAAGUUGUGGCGUUGCCGGCAACGGAUUGUCUUUCGACAACGUCGAAAACGCGAGCGACGUCUCUUCAGUCACCAGCGCUGUCUCUGGAUCUCUCCCCACGUCGCCUUCACCCUCUUUCGCCGGGCCUGCCGAGAGAAGCAACCUCGACACGGCCGCUGCGGUGUACGUACAGCCGACAUCCGAGCCGCCAAAUCGACCCACGCCCUUCUCGCCUGGGGAAAACUCUUCAGAGGAAGCUGCAUGCGUCGCCGGUGUCGGAGAGUCGGGAGGCUUUGCAGUCCCCGAGCCCAUUCAGGCUCCCUCGCAGACCCACAGGCCCCGAGGAAGAGGCAAGAGGGCGAGUCGAAGCUUGAGAGGACGAAUUCUCAUUCCAGCGAGAGCCCAGUGGGCGCGCAUGCGCGCAGAGAGAGCUGCGGCGAUGGCCGCCGCCCAAGCUGCUCAGGAGGCUGCUGCCGUGUCGCUCGGCGCCGCGUCCGGCGACUCCUCGGCUGGAGCCCAGGGGGUCGGUGGAGCCCCACUACGCACCGGAGACCCCGCGGGCCCCAGCGAGGGCCUGCAGCCCGAUGAGCAGCGGACUCUCGCCGGUGGGGACCUGAAGAGAUUCGGCAGCCUCCUCCUCAUUCCGGGCAAGACGCGAAAAUGGAGAAAAGUUCGUCGACGCGUGGGCAACGCCCGAGUGCAAGUUUGGGAGGAAGUCUCGAAUUCAGAAGAUCCUCUUCUACAGGCUGUGCAGGCGAUGCUACGCCACGGUAUCCCUUCUUCUUCUCGACGAUCUGUGCGACACACUCGUGCGGUCGCAUGCCAUAUCAAAGAGACGACCCGUCAAUAUCUUCAGCAGUCUUCGUCGACUGAAAGUGCAAAUCCUGUUCCGCGUCUCUCUCCUCCGUACUCUUCUCUCUCCUCUCCUGCUCCUCCCUCUGCUGGUCUCUCUUCCUCCGCGUCUGCCUCCGCUGUAGAUUCGGCUGUUUCUCUUUCUGCUUCUUCUCCCUCUCCUCACGUUUCCAAUCCCUCUCUCUCUGCUGAAGUUCCUCCGUCUCUCUCUCCUGGGGUUUCUUCUUCUCCCUUUUCUCUGUCUUCCGUUUCCUCUUCUCUCUCUCCUGGAUCCUCUGUUUCUCUUUCGUCUGCUGGGUGUUGUCUGCCCUCUGUUUCUGCUCGGGGGCUGUAGGCACACCUGAAGGCUGCCUCGGACCUUCUGCCUCCGGUCGCAGAGCCUCCUCCUUGCAAGUGGAAACAGUCUCCUCGGUCUCCUCGCCCCCCUCUCCUGUCCCGAUGGCUGAGAGCCGAGCUUCCGUGGAGAAGAAGAAGCGGUGCAGAUUUCUCUUCUACAUAUACAUAUAUACAAAUAUACAUAUAUACAAAUAUACAUAUAUAUAUAUAUAUGUCUGUAUGUGUGUUGAUUUAUUUCCACAUCUCGCUGUAAACGGCGCUACUUGCGUGCAUGUGCGUUGAGACUUUGUAUUUUCCAAGGCGUCGUGGACUUCGUUUUUAAGACUUCCUGACUUUCGAGGGAAGUGCGUCGGGAAUCUUCGAUCUG